ACAUUCUGCUCCUAGCUCAGGGUGACUUAGGGUGACUGAGAUGCAGCCCUCCUUCCGCUUUCUCCCUCCAGGGUACUGGGAAUGGAUGGCAUUUCUCAGCUUUUCUCUCCUGGAUCUAUGAAUUCUAUUGCCAGCAGUCUGGUGUCCCAGGUCUGACGCUUCCUUGGCUGUGGACAUGAAGAGGUUACUCCAGCCCUGGAGCCCGCUGGGCUGAGUUAGCACUUCCCUCCACAUCCAGGAGCUAGCCAAGUAACAGCCCCUUCUGCAUCACGGAAAGGGGGCAGCAAAGCGGACUAGGGACACUCGCUGCAGUAGGUCGCAGCAGGAGCUCUGUCAGCAUGUGACAUUCCCCGGAUCCCCACUGCCAGGCCAGGCUGCAGAGAACUGGAAGGCAAAGGCAUCUGGAGGAGUGAAGGAUGAGCCAGCGACGACAGUGGCCCCCCAGCUGCAGAGAGCCCGCUCAAGCUGCUGCUGCUGCUGCUGCUGCUGCUGCUGCUGCUGCUGCUGCGCACGCAGGCACGCACACCGUUUGCUGUCUCCCCAGGCUACCCAGGUCCCUGGGACCCAGAAGACCGACCCCUGGAGCCGCGGAGAUCCAGUCAGGACCCAGGAGCCCAGGACCGGCGCCUGUGAGGCCAGCUCCCCAGGGAACCUGGGCAGCGCUUUGCCUGUAGCUGGUGCUGAGACUCAGCAGGGCUGGAGCUCUCUUUAGCCAGUGUGGUCCAGAGCUGAGCAGCAAUUGUCUCGAGGCUCGUUCGCAUCCAGGCUCUUCUCCUGGACAGAGGAAGUAACUCCUGUUGGGGCAUUCUAGACUGAGCUCUACAGCUAAGGCUUGUAGCUCCCUAGGUUUGCAGAACCUCCAGGGUGUCAUUUCUCACUUGAUCAGGGUUUGAGGGAAAAACUACAAGGAACAGAGCGCUGAAGGCAAGACGUCUUGUAAACUUUGGAGGCGGGGACAUUUUUUUGAACGGGACCAGCGGCCCCAAAUCUACUACUGUUCUUGGGAUAGUGAUAAAGUCUGCUGGUGGGACACUACGUAUCCCAUCACAGCCACAAGACGAACCUACAGCCAUCAUGGAGUCCGUGCUGACAGCAUCCAGUUCUCCCACAGGCCGGGUUACCUUCUCCCGUGUCUUUGGCCAACAAUGUCAGCUGAUGGAAGCAGCUGUGCAGUCACUGCACACCCUAAAUGACCAGAUUUCCCACUUCAUUGUCACCAAGUCAAAGGCACUGGAGGAAGAUGAUGACCCCUUUCUACCCACGGAGAAAGAGACACUGAAGAACUCUAUGAUAUUGAUGAGACACCUCUUAAUGGAUGCCCAGAUGUAUAGGGUGAGUGGAUUCCUACACCAUGUACUCUGACUGGGAUGUCUGCCUCAC